AUGUCCCUGCAAAGAUUUGACGACGCGAUCUCCAUAUUUCACUCUAGCAAGAAUAUAGCAACUAGCUGCGGGUAUGUAGCUCAAGCGCAAUUUGUAGAUGGAUUAAUCUCUGAGGCUCAAUCUAAAGCACAGUCUGGUCAGAAUGGAAUAAGGUCCAACAGUAUUCAGCAGCUAUCACUGGAAUCGAGGGACGAUGAUCACAUUCAGAGGACUUUUGCACGGAGCUUUGUUGAGAAGGAGCUGAUUGUAUUGGUUUUGAACGACCAAAAAGAGACCUCGGACAAUGCUUUUAGCACUGAAAUCAUGAAGGCCCUCAAGUCUCUGAGCAUUGCGUGCGAAUUUCUGAAUGUAAGGAACAACGAAAGCUUAAUCAAUGCAUUCAAGAAGGUGUUGUUUUGUUCGUUUAUUUUCUUUUGUCUCCAAGUUUUUUCCACCUUGUUUACGAACCUUUUCUGGAAAGUUGCUGGGAGGACGCGAGGACGUGGUGGAACUCUCAAGGAAGGGGAGGCUAAAGGAAGUAAUAACGUCUGCUUUGCCUGA